AUGUCUGGGGUCGACCGCGAGCUGUACCUGCACCAGCUGGCGCGGGAUAACUGCCAGCUGCUCAUCAACAAGCUGUUCGAGCUGCCCAAGGAGACCAAGGACGACGUCACUGCCGUGGUGUUGCCGCCCGCUCAGAUGAGGAUACCGCGAGAGAAGCCGGUGCCGAAGCCUAAGCCGCUGAGCAAGUGGGAAGAGUACGCGAAAGCCAAGGGCAUCACGCGCAACAAGAAGAGCAAGAAAGUGUGGGAUGUUGAGCUGAAGCGCUGGGUGCCGCGCUUCGGCGCCAAGAAGGCACAGGCGGAGCGCGAGAAGAACUGGGUGAUGGAGGUGCCGGUCAACACAGACCCCAACACGGACAUGUUCGCUCAGGCGGCCGAGAAGAAACGCGAGCGCGUUGCCAAGAACGAGCUGCAGCGGCUGCGCAACAUCAAGCGCAACAUGAAGGUGCCAACGGUCGGGUCACGCCCAAGGACGUCUCGAAGAGCAGCACGUCAGAGGUAG